GUCAUGUAAUAUGUUAAAGGACGCGUGUAUAUCGCGAGAUCUGACAUCGACCGUGAUGCCUGCGCUAAUAGUAUCGCGCGAUACACUUUAUCGUCAUUGAUAUCGCGUGCGAAUGUGACGCGGCCCCAGCGAGCCUCGUUUCCGCCAAUUUGACGUGAAACGACCUGGCGGAGCGUCCCGAGUGGUCCCGAGUACGAUUUAACGGUGACGGGACGUGAUAUCCGCAAGUACAGUGCACCGAGACGAAUCGCGGCAUUAGAUCAGUAAACAUGCCGGAAUUAACGGAACUUGACAAGGCGGCGAGCUCGGAGCCUACCAAGGUGGAACUGGUAGGUAUCGGUUCUGCGACUGACUCCGACUCGGACGAGACCAUUCCGGAAUUAGAAGAGUCCCCCAACACCGAUGUCUCCAAUUUUGCCAACACAUCGGUCACCGGACUCCCGAUCGAUAUGGUGUCCAAGGCUAAGCAGAGCCGUGGCGAGAAGAAGGCCAGGAAGCUCAUGAGCAAAUUAGGAUUGAAACCGGUACAAGGAGUCAAUAGAGUGACCAUUCGUAAAUCAAAGAACAUUCUGUUUGUUAUUAAUAAGCCGGACGUUUUGAAGAACCCAGCUUCGGACACGUACAUAGUAUUUGGCGAAGCAAAGAUUGAAGAUCUCAGUCAACAAGCCCAGGUAGCGGCGGCUGAGAAGUUUAAGGAACCACCGGUUAUACCAGCUACUGAAGCUGGAGGCAGUACUACGGUCGUUGCUCCGAUACAAGAAGAAUCGGAAGAAGAGGUGGAUGAGACAGGCGUGGAGGAGAAGGACGUUGAUUUGGUCAUGUGUCAGGCUAAUGUAUCGCGAGGGAAGGCUAUUAAAGCUCUUAAGAAUAAUCAAAAUGACAUCGUCAAUGCUAUUAUGGAGUUGACAAUGUGAUAGAGCUGCGUAGAAGUAGGAUGUGCUACGUGAUGUAACUGGUGUUUCGAAAUCGCACACAAUUUCAUUAUAUGUACCAUCGCAAAAAGUGUCGUUCUUUUUUUCUUUCUCACUGAUUGGAAAGAAUAAGCCACGAUAUAUUGUGGGUAAAUUGUCUCGAUAAAUUUUAUCUACAUGUAUAUACAAAAUUUGUGUAAAAGAAAAGAUGAAUACACAAUCACUGUAUAUUCCCGGGUUUUUAUUAUGUACUAAGGAGAUCCUGUAAUAAAUGGUUGACGUAUAAUUUA